CGUGAGAGGAGCAGUGUCUCUGGUUAAGGACAAAUUUUUGCUGUAGUUUUUAUAACUUAGUAAUGUGGCUCCCCCCAAGUAAAUGGUAGAUGGUAAAUGGACUGCUUUUAUAUAGCGCUCUUCUAGUCUACUGACCACUCAAAGCGCUUUACAGUGGCAGGGUGUCUCCCCCCUCCUUAUGAUUGGUCCCUAAUGGGCGGCUGGUCUCGCAGUGCGGUGCUGGAGCUGUACCGAGCGCUGCUCCGUGCAGGGCGCCACCUUCAGUACACCGACCGUAACUACUACCGUCGUGCUGUGGCCCGUGAGUUCCGCCGCUGCCAGGCUCUGACAGCGCCGGGAGACAAGGAGGACGCACUGAAGAGGGGACAGUUCUUCCUCAGCAGUGGACUUGGGGGGUUAAUGUAG